CAACUAUGUCCAUCACCUCACUUGAUCAAUCUUUUUGGUACAUGAGCUGCAACAAUUGUUACAAAUCCAUAAAUGCAAAAUAUCAAACUGUUUUCAACUGUUUCCACUGUAAAAAAAAAGAGGUCAUUGCAGAACCGAGAGUCAAAUUCCAAGUUGAACUCAAAGAUAAUUCAGGUUCAAUAAUGGCAACAAUAUUCCAGGAUCAUGCAGAAAAGUUCUUUUCAAUUUCAUCUACUGACCUAAUGAAGCAUACAACACAGGAUGGAAAAGUUUCAAAUGAGGCCCUUCCAAAAUUAAAUGUGCCAGAAUAUCACAUUAUUCAACUAAAGCCUCGCCAAUAUCAGUUUCGUGGACAAGUAAUGCUUCAAUAUGUCAUCACAUCAGUGAACAAUGAUGAUGCAGAACCCUCCAUCAUAACUCUUUCUUCAAAACCACAUCGACAAUCUGUCCAAAUAGAACCCAAGGCAAAGAAAGAACUAUUUCCAUCAACUGUUGGUACAAAUGUUGCUUCUGAUAUUUCAACUGCUGCUGUUGGUACAAAUUCUGCUUCUCAUAUAUCUGCCGCAACAAGUGUACCCUCUACAAAAUCUCUCUAGAAAAACACUCUACACUAUAAUAUUUUUGUAAUAGGUUACUACAAUGUGACAUAUUUUUGGUUUGAUUUGGUAUGGCUCAAGUGGUUUGGUUUGUAACAUAUUUUUGUUGUUGCCUGUUUGAAACUACAAUGUGCUAGACACAACUCAAUAGUACUUUUGGUUUGGUUUGGUUCUUACUGCUCAUGAAAGUAAAUUAUUCAAUAUUACUUAUAAUGGGUACUAACCCACUUACU